CCGGCCGCAGCUCGUCCAGAGACCGGCCGCGGGAGGCCUCCUCGUCUUCCUACCGUCCUGACCCUGCUCGCGUCCAUCGUCGGACGGCGUCUCGGCCUACCACCACCACCACCACCACCAACAACAACGGAGACAGCGUCGACAUGUCUCGAGCAAACCCAGCAGCUGCAGUGGUGGCUGCCGCCGCCGCCGCUGCUGCCGGUGAUGCCCCUUCGCAUGCAACCAAUGGAGCGACGCUGGCUUCUGGGCCAAAGAGACGGACGACCAUCACCACGCCCUCUGGACAGUGGGCACUUGGCAAAACAAUCGGAGCUGGGAGCAUGGGCAAGGUUAAGCUCGCGAAGAACCUCGAGACUGGUCGCAGGUUGCCGUGAAAAUUAUCCCCCGUCACACCAACGAUGAGCAGCGUAGCACCCGAGAGAAUGAACGGGCGGACCGUUCAAAGGAGAUACGCACCGCCAGAGAGGCGGCCAUUGUCACCCUCCUCAAUCAUCCGUACGUCUGUGGCAUGCGAGACGUCGUGCGGACCAACUACCACUGGUACAUGCUCUUCGAGUAUGUCAACGGCGGCCAGAUGCUCGACUACAUCAUCUCCCACGGCAAGCUCAAGGAGAAGCAGGCUCGCAAGUUUGCUCGCCAGAUUGCAAGUGCUCUAGACUACUGUCACCGGAACAACAUCGUCCACCGAGAUCUCAAAAUAGAGAAUAUCCUUAUCAGCAAGACCGGUGAUAUCAAAAUCAUUGACUUUGGCCUCAGCAAUCUGUUCUCCCCCAAGGGCCAGCUCAAGACCUUCUGCGGCAGUCUCUACUUUGCUGCUCCAGAGUUGCUCCAGGCUCGUCAAUAUACCGGACCAGAAGUCGACGUCUGGAGCUUCGGUAUCGUCCUCUACGUUCUCGUCUGCGGCAAGGUCCCCUUUGACGACCAGAGCAUGCCCCAGCUGCAUGCUAAGAUCAAGAAGGGCGUCGUCGAGUACCCUCCCGGCCUUUCUUCAGACUGCCGUAACAUCAUCUCCCGCAUGCUAGUCACUGACCCAAAGCAGAGAGCCAGUUUAGCUGAAAUCAUGCAGCAUCCUUGGAUGACCAAAGGGUACAGCGGUGUACCUGAAAACUAUCUCCCACAACGCGAGCCUCUAAAGCUCCCACUAGACCAAGAGGUGGUCAAGAAGAUGACUGGAUUCGACUUUGGUCCCCCCGAAUUUAUCUCCUCUCAACUCACCAAGAUUAUCGAGUCUGAUGAAUACCAACUCGCUAUCCGAAGCAGUGCCAAAGAACAGCAGCAAAGCCUAAACGCUGCAAACGAGAAGCGACGAGGCGUCUUUGACUUCUAUAAACGCCGCAAUUCAAUGAGCAAAGAUAACCUGACCAUUACCCCUUCGUUUGAAGCCAUGCAUUCAUUUGGUGACCCUACCUGCGGUUUCCAUCCGCUCAUCUCAGUGUAUAAUCUUGUCAGAGAGAAGCAAGAUAGAGAAAAUCCCCAACUUCACCCUGGCGGCGUUCCUGGACCCGUGGACCCUUCGCUCAAGCAGCUAGAUCUCCCCAUGCCUGAAGCUGCCUAUACUAACCAAAACGCCUUUGAAGUCCCCGGAGAGAAGGAUACCGGUGGAAGAUCUCGUCCGCGUGCCAGGACACACGGAGACGAUGAUAUCGCUGAAGGUGUCAAGAACCUGGCGGUGUCUAAACCACCUGUCCACCACGCAGCAUCUCCCACCAUCAUAACUCCGGCUGAAGCUGCACCGCCAAAGAAGGAGAGUGCCGCCGCUGGCCUGUUGAGACGUUUCAGCACCAGACGAACCAAGGACAGAGGCCGUGAAAUGGAGAGAGAGAAGUACCCAGCCCACCAAGCCCCGUCUGCCCACGCCCACUUUGCCGAGGACCUUCUUGCGCCCAGAAAGAGCUUCAGCGUCCGGAGGUCAAGACGUGGAGAGGCAGCCCCAGGCAACCUACACCCCAGUGGGAGCCAUUCCCAGUACCCCGAUAUUCCUCAUGGUUCAAAUUCGGGACUCUCCCCUUCCCGAGCCAACAAUUUCCUUGCAAGGUCAACCAGCGUCAACUCGGGAGAAAACCGCAUCCGAAGGAACAACAGGAGAGGGCCCUCGGGCUAUCUUUCUUCUCCGCCAAACGAACUGGCAACCGGCUCAGAACAAUCUAACCUACACGUCCAACGGACCAAGGCCGGCAGCGAACAGCCUGCAGAGACCAAGCAUACCUAUCCUCCCCAAUCUAGGACCAAAUCUCUGGGCCAUGCGAGACACGAGAGCGUCCAGGUCCGCCGCUCUCGACGCGAGGAAGCAAGGGAAGCCCAAGUCCCCGAGGAGACUGACAACGAGCUUCUUGAAGGCCCAAACGCCGUGGCAGGCACUGGAGAAGAUCUGUCAAAGCCCGUCUACCUAAAGGGCUUAUUCAGCGUCUCUACAACCAGCAGCAAACCUCUACAAUUCAUCCGUUCCGACAUCAUUCGUGUUCUCAAACAGUUGGGGGUCGAAUACGUUGAGAUCAAAGGUGGUUUCAGCUGCCGUCACGCCCCGAGCAUUGACCUCAACCGCGUUGUCGACACCAACCCCCCAAGCCCAGAGAGACAAGGCCCUGUUUCAGGCCAUCGCCGCCGCAUCAGCUUUGCCGGACUCCGAGCUCAUGCCACAGGCGAAGAGUCGCAAGACCACAGACCAUUGCCCCCAUCCACCAAGGCGUCACGUCGUAGCACCCAACGGCCCCCUGAUCAAAGCUUCAUCACCAACUCUGAGGGAUCAGAUGAAUACGUUGCUCCCCGUGACAGCACUGCCGGCGGAGAACGCGUGGUAGGCGAGACCACGACCAAAGUCCAAACUGAUACCGGCGCGAACCUGGUCCUGCGCUUUGAGAUCGUCAUUGUCAAAGUUCCCCUAUUCUCUCUGCAUGGUAUCCAAUUCAAGAAAGUAUCCGGAGGGAUGUGGCAAUACCGGGAAAUGGCAAAGAAAAUCCUAGAUAAUCUCAGGCUAUAAUAUCCAGCCUCCUUAUGCGCGCGCACACACACUUACUUCAAUAUCUGUCUACGCCCGACUGUUCACCAGCGCGUACGCAGGACUGCGCUAUGCUACCCCUUCUUAUCCGCGUCUUCCCCCUAUUAUUUUCCCUGUUUAAUAUUUUGAGACCAUAUCUCAAUCACUAGUGGGCCUUUUGUUCUUUUUGUCUUUACCUGCUGCCUUGCCUCCCCCCCCCUUCUUCCCUGUCUAUGUCUUAUAUGUUAAUCGCGUCUAAUCUCCUACUUUGUGCCCCCUAUCCCCAUACCGCCAUUAAAGGCCUUAAUAUUGUGUUCUAUAAUUUCAACCAAGCAACUAUCAAGUUAACGCCUGACGUCCGUCUCAUGUUCCUUUCUGUCUCUUCCUUUUUCCUAUAAUUGUCCUUGUCCUUUUUCCAAUGUCUUUAUCCAAUAUUUUCUUUCCAUACAUAUACGCAUCGCAUAUCUCAUCCACGAUUCUCUAUCUCUCCAGUCCCUUCAUGUCCCUUUGUCCGAUCCUCCCUCAGGCCGAAGGUGGCUGGGCCGGCAUCUUAUCUCUACUGCAUUUCUCCCCCCC